AUGGCUGAUUUACCCGAAUUUUCUCGCAAAGAGCCGUCCACAGGCACUCUUUUACAACAAUCAAGGGAGAGGUCAGAUAAUAUCAAAGAGAAUCUUUCGAAUCCAUCUACCGAACCAACAGCCGGUGUUAGCAACGAUCAGGGACGGGCUCCAGUACAGCAAGAUCUAGGAAAAGGUAGUGUACAGCGUGCGCAAGUUGAUGGAGGGGGCUCCGCGAGAACAGUGGAUCAUAUCGGGAAUUGGAGUGGUGCGAAUAUCAAUAGGGCUGAACUAUGUUUUGCGCACCUCCAGCGCUUGCUCCUCCCGUUCGAGCUGUGA